GGUACAAUAGUCAGUCGGCUUUCGAGAUUCUUGCUCUGCGCAACAUGGGCUCCGGGUUCCGUCCAAUAUAUAAAUGGAUCGUAUUCUGUUGUUUCUUUGCGAUUUGUCUACUGUUUUUGCCACAGCAAAAGAGCGAUGGUCCGUCACCGAAAUUUAGAGCACUUCAACCAGUGACAACAAUCCUAGACGACUCCGAAGACGCGAAUGAUUCAAAUGGCUUUCAAAGCGAUGGGACCGAUGGGACCGAUGUGAGCUAUGUAACUGCAUUGCCGUUGUACUUUGUGGAGAGCUCAAAAUGCAAGAUUCCGUAUGUGGACCCCUUUGGGGCGGACGCAAUGGCCAUUUACAAGCCUAUGGUGUACGAGCCCUGCUCUAACGACACCGCCCUGGUGACCCCGAUCUACGAUGUGAUCAGACGGCGCUAUGUGCUGCACAUCAAUGAGACUCUUGCCUCCCUGCUGCUCAAAUCGAGCGAGAUUGAGUACAAUUGCUAUUACCAGGAGAUAAAAGGUAGUUCGUCUGACGGCUACGACAGCGUGGAUCGCAAGUACUACUCCCAGGACUAUGUGGUGCCGGUGCAUGUUCAGGGCUUGAUAUUGGGCUGCCAUCGGAUAGACAAUACGUCGCACAUCCUGCAGAGCGAUGCCUACACGCUCGUCCAGUACAAGGCCCCGCCGCCAGGUCUCUUCCUAGAGCCAUCGAAGCGGAAGCCGUCCGUCAUCAUGUUCGGCAUCGACAGUCUAUCGAGAAUCAAUCUGAGGCGCACCAUGCCCAAAGUAUACAACUUUCUCACGCGCAGUGGAUGGUACGAGCUUCAGGGAUACAACAAGAUAGGCGACAACACGUUUCCCAAUCUGAUGGCUCUUCUGGCCGGCUAUAGUCCCGAGUCGGCCAGGGAAAAUGUCUGUGACUGGGAAACCCAAGGCUGUCUGGACCAGAUCCCCUUCAUCUGGAAAUAUUUCAGGAACGCCAGCUACCUGACGGCGUUUGCCGAGGACGAGUCUGGGAUGAACACCUUCAACUAUUUCAAGCCUGGCUUCAAGGAGCAGCCAACGGACUACUACGUCAGGCCUCUCCAGAAGGCAGUCGAGUCGGAUUUGGACACAUGGAAGUGUGCCGAGUGCUCGAUGAGAUAUUGCAUUGGUCGCCGGGAAACGAGCAGUUAUGCCUACGAUCUGUGCAAGGAGUUCGCCAGGCGGUACGUGGAUGAGCGACCCAUUUGGGGCCUGUUCUGGUCGAACAGUUUCAGCCAUGACAGCUACCGAAUGCCAUCGAAAAUGGAGGACUACGUCCUGCAGUACAUGCUGGACUUUGAGGCUGAUGGCGUGUUCGAGCAGAGCAUUGUGAUAUUUCUCUCCGAUCACGGUACACGCUGGGGGGAUUUAAUGUACUUGGAAAGUGGCUUUCUGGAGUCGCGACUUCCCUCAAUGUUCAUCUACCUGCCGCCCUGGUUCCGCGCCCAUUACCCCGAAUAUGCCCAGGCCCUGGAACUGAAUCAGCAUCGGUUGACCUCCAACUAUGAUCUGCACAACACUCUGAAGCACAUCAUAGAGAUAGGCGGAGAUAGAGAUACCGAUGGCCGGAAACCGGAGCUGCCCAAGUCCCACGAUUGCCCCAAAUGUCACUCGGUGUUCUAUCCCAUGGACGAGCAUCGGUCAUGCGAAGAUGCUGGCAUACCGGAGCACUAUUGCACCUGUCUGCCCUACAAGAGGCUUUCCGGCGACUGGCCCCUACGCAUCGCUCCUCGGGUCAUUGACCGCAUCAACGAAUACCUCAGCGGCAGGAAUCUCAGUGCAAUUUGUGCCAAUUUAUCACUGUCUUAUGUACACGAAACCGAAAUUCUGAUCCCCCUCGAUCAGAACUUCCACGAUGAUAUGUCGGUCUCCGAGACUGCCGUAUAUCGCACUAUGUUCAAGGUAAAACAGAACAGUGCCGAUUUCCGGGCCACAGUCGUCUUCAAUAAUGUUACGGAAGCUUUGGAGGUCAAUGUUACGUCUAUAAGUCGCCUCGAUUCCUAUGAGAACGAUGCCACCUGCAUCGACGACAAAACCGACAAAUUGUACUGCAUUUGUCUGAGCAAUCUCAAAGAGUAGCCCACAUACCUUCUAGGCACAUUAUUGUUCUACAAGUGUUGUUUCCUGUCGUUAACAAAAUAAUUAACUAAUUGAAAA